AUGUUUCACGCAGGUCGAAUGUGGAGCUACUGGAAAUGGAAGCCGGGUCCUCUUCUCUUCAUACUUUCUGUAAGCGUCGUAUGUGCACCUCGUUCAGUGCAGGGAUGUGCCAACUGCAGAGUUGACCUGUCCAGCCCAUCUGGGACCUUCACAUCCCCAUGCUAUCCUAACGAAUACCCUAACAGCCAGGCUUGCUUGUGGAACCUCCGGGCCCCCAUCGGCUACAUCAUCCAGAUAACCUUUCAUGACUUCGACAUUGAAGAAGCUCCCAACUGCAUUUAUGACUCACUGUCCCUUGAUAACGGAGAGAGCCAGACUAAAUUUUGUGGAGCGACUGCCAAAGGCCUAUCAUUUAACUCAAGUGCGAAUGAGAUGCAUGUGUCCUUUUCAAGUGACUUUAGCAUCCAGAAGAAAGGCUUCAAUGCCAGCUACACCAGAGUUCCUGUGUCCUUACGGAAUCAAAAAGUUGUUUUACCUCAGUCGCUAGAUGCUUACCAAGUAUCCCUUGCAAAAAGUGUUGUGAUUCCAGAACUCAGUGCAUUCUCACUCUGCUUUGAAGCAACUAAAGUUGGCAAUGAAGAUAGUGACUGGACAGCUUUUUCCUACUCGGAUACGUCCUUCACGCAACUGCUUAGUUUUGGAAAGGCCCAUCGUAGCUACUUUCUAACUAUUUUUGGCUCAGAGUGCUUAUUAAAUAGUGCAUUACCUGUCAAGGAAAAUGAAGACAUGUUCACAGAAACCUUUGAGCAGCUCUGUGUUGUCUGGAACAACUCCCUGGGCUCUGUUGGAGUCUAUUUCAAAAGAAGCUAUGACACAGUUCCAUGUGAUUCUACCGUUAGCAAAGUUAUUCCUGGGAACGGGAAACUCUUGUUGGGCUCCGAUCAAAAUGAAGUUGCAUCUCUCAAAGGGGACAUUUACAACUUUCGGCUUUGGAAUUUUACCAUGGACUCCAAAGUGCUCUCCAAUCUCAGCUGUAAUGUGAAAGGGAACGUGGUGGACUGGCAAAAUGAUUUCUGGAAUAUCCCAACCCUGGCUCUGAAGGCUGAGAACAAUCUGAGCUGUGGUUCCUACCUGAUCCCGCUACCAGCCGCUCAACUAGCCAGCUGCGCAGACCUGGGGACCCUCUGUCAAGCUACUGUAACUUCUCCUAGUACUCCACCACCCAUUGUCACCACUAACAUGCCUGUUACUAAUACAGUCAGUAAACCACAGGAUGAUGGAAUUAUCUAUAGGAUUUCCAUAGUGCUUGAAAACAUUGUUCGUCAUCCUGAGGUAAAAGUACAGAGCAAGGUAGCCGAAUGGCUCAAUUCAACAUUCCAGAAUUGGAACUACACUGUGUAUGUGGUUAAUAUCAGUCUUCAUCUGAACACUGGAGAGGACAAGAUUAAAGUCAAGAGAAGCACUGAGGAUGAUUCAAGGUUGAUGAUUUGGGCCCUUCUUGUUUACAACGCUACCAACAAUGACAACUUAGAAGGAAGAACCAUUCAGCAGAAGCUCUUAACAAACAAUGAUUCCCUGGAUGAGGGCUUGAGGCUGUUUAGAGUGAGCGUGCGGCAACUGGGUACUUGCCCUCCAAAUGAGAACCCUAAAGGCUACAACUGGCCCGGCAUCCAGCCUUCUGAAUAUAUGCUACCCUGUCUUGGGAAACCUGGGUUUAAGGCUCUACGGAUAUGUUAUCAGGAUUCGUCCAAUGCAUCUCUAGCCUACUGGGGCCCUCCUGAUCUCUCCAACUGUUCAAAGGACGCCAAUAUGAUUAUAAAUCUGACUAGCGACGGGCAGAACUUAACCUCGGCCAAUAUCAACAGCAUUGUGGAAUAUGUGAAAAAAAUUGUCAAUAGUGAAGAAAAUAUUGAUUUAACACUUGGCUCAGCUCUGAUGACUAUAUUCUCUAAUAUCUUAACCAGUUCAGACAGUGACUUGCUUGAGUCUGCAUCUGAAGCUUUAAGAACAAUCGAUGAAUUGGCCUUCAAGAUAGACCUAAACAGCACAUCACGUGUGAAUAUUACAACUCGGAAUUUGGCUCUUGGAGUAUCAUCCCUGACUCCAGGAACAAACACCAUUUCCAAUUUUAGCAUUGGUCUUCCAAGCAACAAUGAAUCCUAUUUCCAGAUGGAUUUUGAGAGUGGACAAGUGAAUCCAUUGGCUUCUGUAAUUUUGCCUCCAAACAUACUAGACAAUUUAAGUAAAGAAGAAUCUGCAUUAGUUAAACGAGCACAGUUUACUUUCUUUAACAAAACAGGACUUUUCCAGGAUGUAGGAACUCAAAGAGACAACUUGGUGAGUUAUGUGAUGGCAUGCAGCAUUGGAAACAUUACUAUCCAGGAUCUGCACGAUCCUGUUCGAAUUAUAAUCAAACAUACGAGAGUACAGGCAGUGCAUAAUCCCAUCUGUGCCUUCUGGGAUCUGAACAAAAACAAGAGUUUUGGAGGAUGGAACACUUCGGGAUGCAUUGCAAAGAAAGGUUCAGACGAGAGCGAGACAGUUUGCCUUUGCACCCACCUCACACACUUUGGAGUCCUGAUGGACCUUCAAGGAACUGCCUCCCAGAUAGAUGCAAGGAACACCAAAGUCCUCACCUUCAUAAGCUACAUUGGAUGUGGAAUAUCUGCCGUUUUCUCAGCAGCAACUCUCCUCACAUAUGUUGCUUUUGAAAAACUACGGAGGGAUUAUCCCUCCAAGAUCCUGAUGAACUUGAGCACAGCGCUGCUGUUCCUGAACCUCCUCUUCCUCUUGGAUGGCUGGAUCACCUCCUUCAAUGUGGACGGACUUUGCACAGCCGUGGCGGCCUUGCUGCAUUUUUUCCUUCUGGCGACAUUCACCUGGAUGGGGCUGGAAGCAAUCCACAUGUACAUUGCUCUGGUGAAAGUUUUUAACACUUACAUCCGCCGCUACAUACUGAAAUUCUGCAUCAUUGGCUGGGGUUUACCUGCUUUAGUGGUGUCAAUCAUUCUUGCAAGCAGAAAGCAGAAUGAAGUCUACGGCAAAGAAAGUUAUGGAAAAGAACAAGGUGAUGAAUUCUGUUGGAUUCAGGACCCAGUCAUAUUUUACGUGACCUGUGCUGGGUACUUUGGAGUCAUGUUUUUCCUGAACGUUGCCAUGUUCAUUGUGGUCAUGGUGCAGAUCUGUGGGAGGAAUGGCAAGAGAAGCAAUCGGACUCUCAAAGAAGAGGUGCUGAGGAACCUCCGCAGUGUCGUCAGCCUGACGUUUCUGUUGGGCAUGACGUGGGGGUUUGCCUUCUUUGCCUGGGGACCCCUCAACCUCCCUUUCACAUACCUCUUCGCCAUCUUCAAUUCAUUACAAGGUUUGUUUAUCUUUAUCUUCCACUGUGCCAUGAAGGAGAACGUUCAGAAACAGUGGAGGCGACACCUCUGCUGUGGCAGAUUUCGGUUGGCAGAUAACUCAGAUUGGAGUAAGACAGCCACCAAUAUCAUCAAGAAAAGUUCUGAUAAUCUAGGAAAAUCAUUAUCUUCGAGCUCUAUUGGUUCCAGCUCAACCUACCUUACAUCCAAAUCUAAAUCCAGCUCAACCACCUAUUUCAAAAGGAACAGCCAUACUGACAGUACAUCUCUGGAGAAGUCCUCAUCAAAACUGACCCCUGCUGAUGGAGAACAGACAUCAAUCAUCCCGGUGCACCAGGUUAUUGACAAGGUCAAGGGUUAUUGCAGUACCCACUCAGAUAACUUCUAUAAAAAUAUCAUCAUGUCAGACACCUUCAGCCACAGCACAAAGUUUUAAUGUUUUUCAUCAAAAGAAAGGGAACUGCA